AUGAACUGCAAAGGCAACAAAAUUAACAAAAAAAAUGCAUCGGAAGAUAGACAAAAUUACAAGGAGGGAAAAAUGAGGCGAUCAUCAAAGAAAAUUGUUAACAAGACAACAAAAGACAUGGACCAAUCCCGAUUAAUUAAAAAAGUAGAAAAGAAAGAGAAAAGUACAAAUAAAACAACUGAAAAAGAACAAAGUAGUGAACAGCGAGUGAAGAUCGAAGAAGUGCCUACUAAAGCAGAAACCGUAGUGGUUGAAAAAUUGCCAUCUGUGCAGGAACCAGCGAAGGUUAAGGAAGAAACUAAUAGCAAAAGGCCAAAGAGAACUUCAUGUGCCUGUCAAACGGAGGAAAUAGAGAAGAUUGAAGGCCUGACAGCCGUGAAGAAACCAAUGAAAAGUGAAGAAUUGUCUACAGAAGUGGAGAUAGAAAUUAAUGAAGAACUGGCAAUCAUGGGGGAACCAGUGGAGCUUGAAGAAGAAACAAACUGCAAGUUACCAAUUGGAAUUGAAUGUUAUUGUCACAUGGAGGUAAUAGUGAAGAUUGAGGAAGUAAAUAAAAAAAUGGGACUCGGGAAGUCUAAAAAAAUUCCGAAAACCAAAAAAAAAGAACAAAGAGUUAUUGAGAAACUGUCAUUAUCACAGGAUCCCGUGAAGAUUGAGGAAGCACCAAUAGAAAUUCAGCCGGCAUUGAAUAUCACUCUGAAACCUUCGAGAAAAACAGUUAGACAUGAGGAAUUGCCAUCUGAACAGGAGCCAGUGAGUCCUGAGGAUGAGCAAAUAGAAGUAGAACCAGAAAUUGUAGAAGAUUUGACACCUUCGAGAGACCCAGUUAGACCUGAGAAAUUGCCAUCUGAACAGGAGACAGUGAGUCCUGAGGAUGAGCAAAUAGAAGAAGAACCAGAAAUUGAAGAAGUUCCAAUUGAAAUUGAAUGCCGCUGUUACGCGGAAGAACUUCUUACAGAUAUGGAAUUAGAAAAUGGUGAUGAACUGGCAGAUUUGGAUGAAUCCGAAUUCUUAGAAUUAGAAUCAAUUUGCGAGGUACCAAUUGAUAUUGAAUGCUAUUGUCAAAUGGACGUAGUUAAAAAGAAGGAAGAAGUGAAUACAGAAGCGGAAACAGUUAUGAAUGAGGAGCAUACUUCCUUAGAGCAGCUUGCAAUGACUGAUGAUCUGCCUUCUGUACAGGAACCAGUGAAUAAUGAGGAACUUCACACAGAUGUGUCACGCAUUGCGAUUGAUAAACUCACAACCUUAGAGGAACCAAUGAUGAGUGAAGAAGUGCCUUCAGAAGUGGAAACAGUAAUGACAGAGGAGUAUACAACCAUAGAGCAACCAGUAAUGACUGAUAGUCUGCCUAAUGAAUUAGAACCAAUAAUGACUGAAAUACUUACAACUGCAGAGGGACCGGUGGUGGUUGAAGACGCCCCCCUCAAUGAAAUUCCAAUGAAAAUUGAGUGUGAUUGUCAUGUAAUGGAACUAAAAAAUAAAGGAGAAGUGUCAUCUGGAGAAAAACAAGCGAAGAUUGAAUGUACUUCUACUGCAGACUCUACAGUAACAUUUGAAAAUGAACUAGAUCAGUGGUUCUCCCAUUUUAAUUGCACAAAUUCAUCUGAAUUCGGUGGCAUUGUGACUGAACCUUCCUCCCUAUUCUUUUUACUUUUUGCAAAGAAGUUCUUUCCGAAAUUUUACAAUCGUAUGAAGGACUAUAUGUGCGAGAAAUAA